AUGCUGAAGAAAGAGAGAGAAGGGCUUGUGCCGAUCUGGGACGUAGAAGAACGGAUCUAUCGGUGUGUCCUGUGCGUCCGGGAAAUUAUUGAGCGUGAAUGUCAGAAGCCUGAGCGUGGCGAGGCGUAUUUGGAUUACGUUUACGAGGAAUCUCCAGAUGGUAUUUCACUCGAUGCGAGCAACCGAACCUUUCAUCUCUGCGACGAAUCCUACCUCUUACCCUCCAUGCGCAGCACCACCCCCGCUUCUUCAUAUCGACCUCAACUCGUCUUCAUCCAGGGACUGUGGCGUACAGAUUCGAAGGUCGCUUAUACGAGUACAAAGCUCUCCUCACUCGCGGGGCUACUCGUCUCAUGUACGAAACUUUCAACCUCUCAUACUCGGCCAAAACCAGGAUCGUACUCGAAAUGA